GGGGGGAGGAAAUAGAAGAUAGUUUCGUAAACUAGGUUUGCUUCGAAAUAUCUUUCCGUACUGCUCUCUGUUUUCUCUCCGAGCGGCUCUAAACAUGACUAAGUCAGCUCCUCCUCCCUUAGUCCGCUCGCGGCGUCAUUCAGUUGCGGUUUAGGGUUCGAAAGCUCUCCCUCUCUCUCUGAUUAUACUAUUUUCACAAGAUCACUGCAUGGAGGGAUACCGAGUGCAUUCGAAAGAAUUGAUGCAAUGAUAUUUGCAGUGAUAUUUAUACUUCCACAAGUGCAACGUGGGAUAUUUGCACAUAUUAAUGGACCUUUGUUGUGUCGUUUUAGUGGAGAUUGCUCCAAAUGCUUUUGAGAUAGCCUCAAAAGACCUGCUCCAUGGUUCAAAAACUGGAAAAGAAUACAUCAACAUUCAAAGUAACUCUUAUUGAAGUUGUUGAUGCUCAAAGUUCAAUGCUGUGGAGUGGAAAGUUUGGAACAAAAGAUUCAUACUAAAGCUUGGUGGACAUUGAUCCUUUUAAGAGUGAUUAUUUACUUGAUCAAAAUCAAGAUUUGAUCUAUAGAUCUACAUCAAAUAUCAAUAGAUAAAAUCUAUACAAAAAGUGUUUGGACUUAAGAAUGGCUGUGUUCCAAAAUUUGUGAUUUGGGCCAACUACAACCUCACCGAAAACAAAGUCGUCUUCAUUGAAUUUAAGAGUACUAGUUAACUAUCAGGUAGAUGGUGGGGUUGACGACAGGUACUGUUGUAAGGGAUAUUAUUUGUGAACUUUGAGAAGUCUUGCAAAAAGAAGAUACUUUGGGGGAAUCUUGUGGUUUUAAACCUUAAACUGUUUGCUUGUAUUGCAAAAGGAAGAUACUUUUGGGGAACCCUCUAGUUUGUAAAUCUUAAGUUGUUUGCUUGUAUUAAAAACAAAUUGUGGCUUUUUUAUUUGAGUUCUCACACUAUAAUGUUCGACCAAAUAAUACACGCUUGAUUGUGAUUAGGCAAAAUCCCUUUUUCUAUAACUGUGUAAAUUAAAUCAAAUUGUGGCUUUCUAAGCUUUUGGCUGAAAUAUAAAAUACAAAUGCUAGGAUUCCUUUUGUCACAAAACGAUUUCAGUGACUACAGAUUUUGGUCAGCGUUGUGUAUGGAUUUUAGAAUCUAUGUGAGAGUCAACAUUUGCUAAAGAUGGAAAUUCUCUGUUUUUAAAACUGGUGGAUGCAUACGAAUGAUGGUGAUGACUAGGGGGAUUUAGCAUGGAUAUCACAACACGCGCGCGCGCACACACACACACAUGCAGACACAAAGUUUAUACAGACACCUGUUCAUAUGUUUUUGUAUUCCUUGUGUGUAUAUGUAUUCCUUGUGAUGAAGGCCCUAAUAAUCUUGUGUGAAGUUAGAAAUUCAGCCUCUUAAGGAAGUUAUGGACGUGUCAAAUGUUUGUCUAGGGUUCUAAUGUACGUGAAAUUUUUGAAGCUCUCUCUCUCUCUGUCUCUCUCUCUCUCCCUCCUUCCCUCCAAGUAAUAUAUGGAUUUUCUGGAUAUGCUUUUUAUAAGUUAACGAACUUGCAUCAGGCAUCAGAUUUUCACAUUAAGUCUUUUUCCUGGAAAGGAAGUUGAGCGUGUGGCUCUGGGGAAAACUACUUUGGUUAUCACUUUGAGAUUGUACCUGGUUCUACUAAAAGGAGGUGGUAAGGAUUUUGUUCUGAGAGAAAUGAGUGGAAGCGGCCGAAGACGUAGUUCUAAGUGGGAUUUGAGAGAAGAAGAGCGUCACUUUGAAUCUGAAAAUGUACUAGAUGAUUCUUGGCCUGGAAAAGCAGGUACUUAUCAUGAUAAAGAAUUGGAAACUGGAUGGCUCUCUCCAGGGGUUGCUGGCAGUAAUAAUUCAAAAUGGUCUGACAUGGAGGCAAAUGAUUUACUAAAGUCAAAGCGUGAUGCGGGAUUGGCAUCAGGUGAACCUCUGCCGAGAAGCAGAGGCUCAGUUAAGGAUCAUAGCUACAAUAAGGGCCGCAACAGAAAUUUGGAAUCCAAUGUGGCCUGGGAUGGAGAUGGGAGUUACAGCACGAGAAUGUCUCCUGGUCUUGACGAGUGGAGAGGACCAAGCCACAGUCCCUCCCCUAAAAAUGUUUGGAGCAGGUCACUCAGAGGUAGGAGUAGAAGCAGGAGCAGGAGCAGGAGCAGGAGCCUAAGCAGGAGCAGAAGCCCUGUUCGUGGCAUCAGACGAGAAUCAGGAUUCCAUGACAGAAGUAGAAGCAGAGGAGCAUCAACUCAAUUAUGUAGAGAUUUUACUGCUGGGAGAUGUAGGAGAGGCAAUCAUUGCCAUUUUCUUCACCAGGGUAAUCAACAUCAUGAGGAUAACUGGGAGAGCAGACACAGGAAAGACGGGGAUUCGAAAUAUUCCACUACUCAUGAUACUAGGGAUUACACAUCAAGAAUUGGAAGAUCCACUCCAUAUUGUACUGAUUUUGUGAGAGGAAAGUGUCGGAGGGGGGCAUCUUGUAGGUAUUCUCAUGAUGGUGCUUCUGAUAGUUUUGAUAAAGUGUCUGGAAAUGAUGCCAUCAGAGAAAGAGAAAAUCGUAGAAAUAGAGAUGCAUCUUUUGAGCGAGGUGUUGAUCCUGAACACCGCAGGGGUGGUGAUGUUCCUUGUAAAUUUUUCGCUGCAGGAAAUUGUCGUAAUGGUAAAUAUUGUCGGUUUUCUCAUCACAGUCACUCUGACUUAAGUCCUGAUGGAAGGUCACGAGGUGAUAGGUGGGGGCUGGGUCGCAAUUCAGAUGAUGUGGACCGAUUAUGGGAUGGCCCAAAAUUGAGUGAAUGGAGCAAUACAGCUAAUGUCUCAGACACUACAAAGAGUGAGGACAAAAGUGGAAAGUUGGGUGCCCCGGUAGCAAGGCUCACUCGUUGGUCAAUCGAUGAUACUAGAUGGGGCCAUGAUAUGGACAAAGAGAAGAAAAGUUGUGGCGAUCCAGCAGUUGACAAAGCAGUUGAGAACAAUGAGAAGGCUGGCCACCUGUGGAUGGAGGAAAGUGCUGGUGCUAGCAUUGGUAUUUCUGAAUCAAGAGGUGCUGAGAAAUGGCUUGGUGAUAUGGACAUGUCUCCUGAUUGGAAUUAUGGAGUGCAGUCUGCAAAACAUGCUGUGAAAGGGGAGCAUGGUCAAAUUACUCAGGCUCCACAAUCUCUUGGUUCUUAUGAUCCUUCUUUGAUGGCUCGGGGACAGGAUAUAACUAAAGAGGCUUCGGUUCAGUUUCAUGGUGCUGCUGCAGCUGUGCAACCGAUCAUAAAUGAAAAAUCUUAUUUCCAACCAAACCACAAUUUGAUGGGGGAUGGUGCCAAUGUAGUAUCAUGUGACGAUAAGAUUGCUGUUGAAAAAACUGUUAGUUCAAGUGCUGAUCUAAACAUUUCUGCCAAUAUCAUACCAGGACAAUGUUUCAACCAAAAUGGCCGGAGUUUGAGCUCUUUACCUCUUUCAAAUGUGAUUGCAGUUGGACAAAAUCAAGUGGUGACACCCAAUGCCCCUUUAAGAGGAGGAGCAAUGAAAUAUCAACAAAAUCUAGCAUUCUCUUCAGAGGGAAAACCUAUCAUCCAACCAGAUAUUGGCGAUGAUAGUGCAUUACAAGUAAAUCCUGGAAUUCCUCCAAGUCAGAAUAUGGUAAGCGGUGAACAGCUCACCAAACUUACCAACCUUUCAGCUUCUCUGGCUCAGUUCUUUGGUGAUAGAAAGCAGCUUCCACAACUUUAUGCUGCUCUAAACUCCCAUAAUUCAUCAGAUAUUCCUUCCUUUACCAAUUCUGAAGUUCCCAUUCAGCCAGUUUUGGCAGCACACGUUCAGACAGAUCAAGCCAUCAAAUCCCAGCAAUAUGAUCCGAUAUGUGAUGGCGUAGAAUCUAAGAAUCCUGGCUCUAGUAACAAUCCUCCAGGCCUUAAAUCAAAUUCAUUGGGACUGAAAAGUCCUGUAGAUGGAAUACCAGAACUACCCUUGAAAAACUUAUCCCCAUCAUCUUUUCCGGUUGGGCCUAAUGGCACUGAUUUGCCUAGGACAGGCAGUUCAGAAGAACCAAAUCACAAGAGCCAACAGUCGAAUAAGCUGGAUAUGGGUGCACAUGGUGAGGCUAUGGAAAACAAUGAAGAGGGGAUUGAGGAAAGGAAGCAAGCUCAAGAGGGGAACCAAAAGGACCAAGAUGAUGGCCCUCUAGGAAAUGCAGAUGGAGAUGCUGGGGAGGACGAGGGUAAGAAAAGCAAAGAUGUGAAGGCUAUUCGAGCAUUUAAAUUUGCACUCGUGGAGUUUGUUAAGGAACUUCUGAAACCCACGUGGAAGGAAGGUCAAAUCAGCAAAGAUGCUUACAAAACUAUAGUAAAGAAGGUGGUCGACAAAGUGACUGGUGGGCAGGGUGCUAAUAUUCCUCAGACACAAGAAAAAAUUGAUCAUUAUCUGUCAUCUUCAAAACCAAAGCUUACUAAAUUAGUGCAGGCAUACGUGGAAAAAACUCAGAAGGGCCAAAAUGAAGCAUAGAAUUUCAUUGUUUAUUUUGUUCAUUUUCUUUAUGUCAUACAUGACAAGGUGGUUUAUGAUAUUCCUAUUGUACCACAGCCUCUAGAAAUAUUAUUUUUCCCCUUCAUGUUGAUGUGAUUCAGUUGCUGAUAAAUGUUUUAGCUAACCUUUUAACUCAUGCUUGUAAAUAUACCCGAGUAUUUUUUGUUUUUAGACUCGUGGUUUAACUGUUUAGUGUGAUUUUGGGGAUUUUUGGCUGGCAA